AUGGCAACUGACUCGAAGGGAACUGCUGCAGAAGCUGGGCUUUCAUCAGACUAUGGAUGUGAGAAGAGCUGUGCUUCAAAAAUUUACCAGAAAGAUGCAAUAAGCGGGCGCCCAGAAGCACGCAAGCGUAUCCCCGCAGAGUUCGUGGAUACGCCUCGUCUUCAGCAGCCCGCAAUGCAUACACCCUUCGGCCCGCCUCUUCUCUCCAGUAACUGCCCGGUCUCAGCAACUCUUCCUGCCACACUGUCGGGAGGCAGGUAUGUCAGCUACACUCCUCCAGGCCCCGUAACAGCUCAACUGUCGGCGUUGGGCUCGUCCCAUACUGUGCGUACAACUUUGACACACCCUUCUCUGGACCCCCAAGCCAGUAUUUACGGCGCUCCCAAACUUGUCAAAAGCGCACACACAGGCGCAGGGGCACAGAGUUCACAGAGCCACUUGUUUCCAACUCACGCCACAUCAUGGACAUCAAGUGUGGAGGGGCCACCCCUCUCCACCCCCUGUCCUCUGGCGUUCCCAAGUGCCACAACCUCGGAGUAUCGGAUUAUUACGCCUGCUUAUGAUGCGGCGAAGACGACCGUUACUCGAUACCGCCUACCGCCCUCAGUUUCCUCGAAAGUGCUGCUUCCCAUAAAGGAAGUCGAGUAUUGUUCAAGUCUGCAUGGGAGUCACCAACCACCCGGAAUCCAGCCCUCUCUGACGACGUACUACCUACCAGCCAAGGGAAAGCUGAAGAAAAGGAGAAGUGCGUUCAUGGGAAGAAACCGAGGAAUUUGUGAGAGAUGGGUGCUUCCCUGCCUCGACACGCUGUUUACAGCCAUUAGUCGGGCCUGCAACUGCGACAUGGACAUCGUCUCUCCCACCCAAUACGCCCAGCACCCCACUUGUGCGUACCAAAUCGCUGGAGGAGACGCUGUGUGUUUGAGAUGCGGCGAAACAGUCGACUCACGAUUGGUCAGCGCAUAUCCUUUGUCCUACAAGUCCACCAGGGCUCUCCCCGCAUUCUCAACACAACCUACAAAACCCCCCGAUAGGGGCGACCUCAUUCCUUUACCACAAUUUUCCCAGGUGGAAUUUGCAGAAAAAAUGCGCGAGGAGCGACAAGUUUCUGAUCCAGCUAGCCACGCCGCUCAUAUAGGAAAGCGAAGGAGUUCAGCGCUUGGUUACCCAACUGACAACGAGGGGCUGGUGGCCCUUCCUGCUUUUGUCUUGAGCGACAGCAAGUAG